UUUUCGAUUUCCUCUCCCGCUCCGCACACAGUCCACGCCCGUCUCGCCUACGAUUACCGAUUCCGUCUCACCGACCGUUUCAGCCUCGCCGCUGUCCUACGAACACCGACCAAUACCGUCUCGACAACUCAGCCUGGUUGUCCUCUUCUGCCAACUCGAUCCCGACCCCCGUCGUCGCCCUUUUCGCCAAGUCCCAACUCAGCCAACCAUGUCCGACAACAUCGACUGCGACAUGCUGCUCGCCUCAUUCGACUGGGGUAUGUCCGACGAUGAUAGGACCACGUUCGAGGAGCUGCUUGAGGGCGUCGAGAACGGACCGUAUGCUGAUGCCUGGGCCUUGGCUGGGCUCCAGGCUGAUCAGGCGGAGCCUGGUGAUAGGUGAGUUAAAAAAAAGACAUGAGCUAACAAAAGGGCAAGGUGGUCGAACCCACAGUUGUCUCGCAACGGGAUGUCGUCCAAUCAUGCAACAUCUGCAGAUUUGCCUCAGGCGGUCCAAGAUGUCUACGAAUCGUUCAACGAACAAGAAAUCACUACGUUAUCAGCACCAACAAAAGUCUUCCUCUGUGGCUUCGAAUCAUGCAAGUCGAAACCAUUCAAACGUCGUGCCGAGUUGCAUCGUCAUGAAUUGAAACAUGGAAAGAAACCAGACUUCCCGUGCAUGGCGCAAGGUUGCAAACGGGGCGGCAAUAAAGGCUUCCAUCGGAAGGACAAACUCGUUGAUCACAUGCUCCAUGGUCAUGAUGAAGAUACGCUUUUCAAGUGCGAAGAACCAGGUUGCAACGUGGAGCUUACCAGAGAUGUUCUGCCAAUUCAUGUACAUUGGGGAAACAUCUACGCUUCUCUCAAAUAUUGGCGUAAAUGUCCCAUGCCGAGAUGUCCCUUCAAAGUCUUCGCUGAGAGAAAGUCUCUGGAUACUCUUCAGAACCACCUGCUCGAGAAGCACGAUGUCAACGGACGAGCCAACUUCGCCAAAGUUAUAGCGGAGAGAGGCUAUGACUUCAACACUUGCAGAAUCAAGUGCCCGAUCUGCCCUCAUGACAAUCAAUUCGCUAUUCAUGCAGACUUCUACGCGCAUUUCAUGCGGCAUCACUUCGAUGGCCCAGUUUGUGCGUUGGACGAGGAUGCUUCGUGUCUGAAAAACUGCGGGGGUAGAAACGCCAACUUUCGUCUUUCAAGGUGCACGUCCGUUCCGGAUGAAGUCCGCGAACACCGUCGCAAACUUCUCAGCCUUUGGCCCGACUUCGCAAUAUACCCUGUCUGGGAUGAUCUCAAAUGUCGCUUCUGAUGUCCUGUUGUAUUGGACAAUGGUAUACGACAAGUCCAUACAAGCUUGUAAUUUGGUGUCGGUGUCUCUUUGGGUUUUCCUUGUGUCUGGUUUCUUUUCAACGGUUGUCUUUGUUGCAUGUUGUUCGAGUCAAUGUAUGUAUUUCCUUAGAUAGAAAGAAUCCAACUUCGUACGCUCUUUA